CCCCAUUAGCAUUCCUCCUCCUCCUCUCUCUCUCUCUCUCUCUCUAAAAUUAUUGUGGUGGUGUUGGAAGAUGAAGAAAGGGUACUCUUGUGCUUCACUACUGUGUGCUCUGGUUGUGGUGUUGGCGGUGCUAGCGGAAGCACAGGUAACUGAGGCGGUGACGUGCAGCCCCUUGGAACUGAGGCCAUGUCUUGGCGCACUCACGUCGUCGCAGCCGCCAACAGCAGAUUGCUGUGACAAGCUGAGGGAGCAGAAGCCUUGCCUCUGUGGGUACAUCAAGAACCCUAACCUCGGCCAGUUUGUCAACUCUCCCAACGCCAGGAGGGUUGCCUCCACUUGUGGUGUCCCUUACCCAACUUGCUAGAAUAUUUACAAAUCCCAAAACCAAAAGGAAAAAUAAAGAGAGUAUCACUAUUGGCAUGAAAGUGAAAGAAAAAUGGAUAUCACUGCCUAUCUACAUGCUUGUGAACUUGUUUUAAGAAUACAAAAAAAAAAAAACAACAACAACAACUCUACCGGUGGGAGUGAGUCGCCGGCAGAGUCGUCGUUGCGUCUGUCAUGUCUUUUUUUGCUAGCUAGUUGUGUCAGCUACUACAAGUUAUGUAUUAUGAGAAAACAAUGGAAAACAUGUCGUAGUGCUA